AUGAACUACAUCUCAAACCUCGUCAACUCGGACGGCAUAAUCAAUCCUCUCAUCGACAAUGGAUACCUCCCGCAUGCUGCGAUCCGCCUAGGGAUCCGGCGCCAACUAGCCGACCGUCUCUCCUCCAUCGCUACGACAUCGCUCGAAGCAGGCUAUGAGUCCAAGAUGAAAUAUGUCGAGCUGCUGAGAGAAAGACCCAUCGCCAUUGAAACAGCCAAAGCAAAUGAUCAGCAUUACGAGGUGGGGACGCAGGUGUUGAAGGGUAUGUUGGGCCCGCGGAUGAAGUAUUCGGCUUGUUUGUAUGAGAAGGGUGGGGAGACGCUGGGUGAGGCUGAGAUCAGGAUGAUGGAGUUGUAUGUUAAGAGAGCUGGGCUGAAGGACGGGAUGACGGUGUUGGAUCUAGGUUGCGGCUGGGGCUCCCUCUCCCUCUACCUCGCCGAGGUCUUCCCCAACAGCUCCAUAACCGGCUUCUCCAACUCGCGCACCCAAAAACUGCACAUCGACUCGGUCGCCACGCAAAAGGGCUUCAAGAACCUUCGCAUCGUGACGGGCGACGUCGUGGAUUAUGAAUUCGAAGCUGUGAAAUACGACCGUGUCCUCUCCAUUGAGCUCUUCGAACAUAUGAAGAACUACUCUCUACUCAUGGCAAAGGUCAGCCGGGCGUUGAAACCUGGUGGAAAGCUGUUUGUGCAUAUCUUUGCGCACAAAGAUACGCCGUAUGAUUUCGAAGGUGGAUGGAUGACGGAGCAUUUCUUCACCGGAGGCACGAUGCCUAGUGCAGAUCUUCUUUUGUUCUUCCAAGAUGAUUUGAAGAUCAAGAGGCAGUGGUGGGUUAGUGGUAUGCAUUAUAGGGUUGGUGGAGACGUAUGGAGAGGAGGGAGCGACGACUUGGUGGAAUAG